AUGUUCGGAUUAGGCGGUUCAGCUCCACAAAUUUCUUCGCAGCAAAAAUUACAAGCUGCUGAAGCUGAGUUAGACAUGGUUACUGGCAUGUUCAACUCCUUGGUUGAGCAAUGUCACCAAAAAUGUAUUAACAAGACCUACAAUGAAUCCGAUGUCACCAAGCAGGAAGCAUUAUGUUUAGAUAGAUGUGUUUCCAAGUACUUUGAGACCAACGUCCAGGUUGGUGACAACAUGCAAAAAAUGGGUCAAAGCGGACAAUUCAUGGGUAGAUAG